AUGUGUGUGCGAGACCUCAGCUGUCGCUCACAGAGAGAGGGCUGGACCAAAACCUCAGCCGCACUCACACCUCUCCUUCCUCCCCCUCCUCGUCUUCCUCCCCUGCCUCCCCUUGUCUUUCAGAGUCUGGGGGGAGAGGGGGAGCGUCCUGCUGUGGAGAGAGAGGCCGCGAUGGGGGGAGACCUGGCCUGGGGGACCGCUCUGGUCUUGGUGGGACUGGCCUCACUGACCUGCCAAGUCCAGGCGAACCUGUUGGACGCCAUGUUGCUCAGAAACGGGUGGAAAGGAGGGAAAGAGAAGAGUACAGAGGAGACGAGUGAUGUCACAUCCUCAUCCGCCAAGAGCCUGCUCUGGUGCCACUGCAACCACCACUGUCCCGAGGAUUCCUUCAACAACACCUGCAUGACCGACGGAUACUGCUUCACGAUGGUGGAGGAGGAGGAGGCCGGACAAGCUGUGGUCACCUCUGGAUGUCUGGGCCUCGUGGGCUCCGAGUUUCAAUGCAGAGACAUGUGGAAUGGUCGCCUGAGGAAGACGCUGGAGUGCUGCACAGACCGGGACUACUGCAACAGAGACCUGCACCCAACUCUGCCUCCGAUCAGCACGACCGACUUCAUGGACAGCAGUAUCCAGUACAUGGCCCUGUGUGUCUCGGUCUCGGUCUGCAGUCUGGUCCUGGGUCUCGUCCUCCUGCUCUGUUACUUCAGGUACAAGCGGCAGGCGUCCCGUCCGCUUUACAGCAUGGACCUGGAGCAGGACGAGACCUACAUCCCUCCUGGAGAGUCCCUGAAGGACCUGAUCGAGCACUCCCGCAGUGUGGGCUCAGGCUCAGGCUCAGGGCUCCCUCUGCUGGUGCAGCGGACCAUAGCCAAGCAGAUCCAGAUGGUGCGGCAGAUCGGGAAAGGCCGGUACGGGGAGGUGUGGAUGGGGAGGUGGAGGGGGGAGAGAGUCGCCGUCAAAGUCUUCUUCACCACAGAAGAAGAAAGUUGGUUCAGAGAAACUGAGAUCUACCAAACCUUUCUGAUGCGGCACGACAACAUCCUGGGGUUCAUCGCCGCAGAUAUCAAAGGUACGGGUUCGUGGACGCAGCUGUACCUGAUCACGGAUUACCACGAGAACGGGUCUCUGUACGACUUCCUCAAGUGCAACACGCUGGACACGGCGGCGCUUCUCAAACUGUCGUACUCGUCCAUCUCCGGCCUGUGCCACCUCCACACCGAGAUCUACGGCACACAGGGCAAACCCGCCAUAGCUCACAGGGACCUGAAGAGCAAGAACAUCCUGGUCAAGAAGAACGGCUACUGCUGCAUCGCCGACCUGGGCCUGGCCGUCAAGUUUAACAGUGACACUAACGAGCUGGACAUCCCCCUGAACCUGAGAGUGGGCACUAAGCGCUUUAUGGCUCCGGAAGUUCUGGACGAGACCCUGAACAGGAGCUACUUCCAGUCCUUCAUGAUGUCCGACAUGUACAGCUUUGGCCUCAUCCUCUGGGAGCUGGCCCGCCGCUGCGUGUCCGGAGGCAUCGUGGAGGAGUACCAGCUGCCGUACCAUGAGUUGGUACCAGGUGACCCUUCGUACGAGGACAUGAAAGAAGUGGUCUGCAUCAAGAAACAGAGACCCUCGUUCCCCAACCGCUGGAGCAGUGACGAGUGCCUCCGUCAGUUGGGGAAGAUGAUGUCUGAGUGCUGGGCUCCUAACCCGGCCUCUCGCCUCACGGCUCUGAGGGUCAAGAAGACUUUGGCCAAGAUGUUAGAGACUCAGGACGUCAAACUCUGA